AUGGAAGAGCAAACUGUGAUGACAGAGGUGCCGGCCGCCCUGAAGCGCCUGGCCAAAUACGUAGUGCGUGGCUUCUAUGGGAUGGAGCACUCCCUGGCCCUCGACAUCCUCAUCCGCCACCCCUGCGUGAAGGAGGAGGACCUGCUGCAGCUGCUGCAGUACGAGCGCAAGCAGCUGCGGACCCUCCUCAACACACUCAAGGCAGACAAGUUUGUGAAGCUGCGCGUGCGCGUCGAGACGGGGCCUAGCGGCAAGAGCACCAGGCACAAUUACUAUUACAUCAAUUACAAGGUGCUGGUGGAUGUGGUCAAAUACAAACUGGACCACAUACGCCGGAAAAUAGAAGCAGAUGAGCGGGAUUCAACUACCAGGGCCUCUUUUAAAUGUCCGUCUUGCUCCAGCACUUACACAGACCUGGAAGUCAAGCAGCUCUUUGAUGUAUUUACGGAGACUUUCCGCUGCACUUACUGCAAUACAGAAGUAGAGGAAGAUGCGUCAGCACUUCCCAAGCGUGAUGCUCAGACCUUGAUAGCAAAAUUCAAUGAGCAGAUUGAACCCAUCUUCAUGCUGCUGUGUGAGACUGAAGAUGUUGUUCUGCCGUAUGAGCUGCGGGAGCCUCAACCAACAGAAAUACCAGAAUUAUCAGAAAGCUUUGAUCACAAGGUGGGUUCAAGUGUGCUGGAAUCCCACACCCAACCUGAACGAUGGACCAACAAAAGUUCUUCUUUUGGCAACAUGUAUACCCAAAACUUAGUUAUUGAUGUCCAAGAUUCUGAGCUGAAAAACAAAAAAACAAAAGCAACUAAAGAGCAACCUAUCUGGAUGUCACAGAGCACCAUGGAAGAAGCAACAACAGCCACCAACAAUAGUUUUGGAGCAAGUACUUCUAAAGAAACUGAAGGAAGCAUUAAAGAAACUGUCACCAAUGAUGAAGUCAUCAAGACUCUUCUGAUCCAUGAAUCCAAAUCAACAUCUGUCACAGAUCAGGCUCCCGUCCAAAGCAAGCCACUCGAGUCAGGCAGUGACACUAGUGAGUCUGAAGAUGAUGCCAAGCACUUGGGAACAGCAGUAAAGAAAGGCGCAGGCAACACCUUUGAACAAGAGGAGGAACAGGAAACACAAGGUCCUAUUUUAAUGGUAGCUGGUCAACCUCAUUUGUAUAGUGAAGUCAGUGAAAAUCCAGAGCUUGUAGCUCUUAUGACAAAUGAGGAGAAAGAAGCUUAUAUAAAAGUAGGGCAAGAAAUGUUUCAGUCUGUCUUUGAAUAG